CUGAGUCCGAUAUUUCCGUUGACCUGUGACCAAGGGAAAAAGUGGAAGAGUCCGAGUGGAAUUUUGUACGAUAUGCCUGAUCAGAUUUGGACAAUCACAACAGUGCCAGGUGGACAUACGACCUCUGAGGUCGACACCUUCAAGUCCUACAAUGACGUCAGAGAAUCCAUGAGUGCCAACGCUGGUCUAGAAGCAAGUUACGGAUUUUUCGCUUUCUCGGGAAGUUUUUCCUACAGAAAACUACAGAGUUUAAUCACCAGCAGUUCAAUGUACAUGUCUGAAGUUACAGCUUUUGCUGGGGCGAUCCGUGCCGAUGUCAACGCAGCGGAGAAUUUAGAAUUGGAUACAUUUACACAAAAUUACAUUGACCGUUUUCUGACAGACACCUACGAAAGUAAUCCCGAUGCUUAUAAUAAAUUUAUUGAGACUUACGGUACGCAUUACUUCGCUACAGGAAAAUUUGGAGGCUAUGUCAGGAUGAUGUUCGAGGCUUCACAAGACUACUACUCAUCUCAAACUGAGAUCCAAAUUGAAGCCAAUGCUAGAGCGUCUUACAUGCUAGCGGUUUCUGUUAGUGUCGGAACCUCCACAACAAAUCAAAAAGUUGACGAAACGUUUAAAUCCAACACUAAAAAAACAAUCAAGUACUACGGAGGCAACACCAACCUGCUCAAUGACCAACCAGAUUUCUCAAAAUGGCUCCCAACUGUAGAAAAUGAUCCGUGGCUAUUCUCUGGCAAUUUGAAACCAAUCAGCAACUUGUUUAGAAACGCAACAAAGAAGGCGUCUAUGGUGGCAGCAGUAGAGAACCAUUUAAUAAGAAGUUAUUUAGGAGAAUUGCAAUAUCUUAUAAAUGUAGCCAAAUCUAAGUCUGAUAAUUUUAUAAUCAGAAGAUUCUUGACUACAUUGAAUGAUUUGAAAGCUACAAAAGUUAUUCCCAAACCUGCUGUUGAAGGUUUAUCUAGAGAUCUACAAGAAUUAAUGUCCGUCCCCAAAUGGUUUCUAGCCUCCACCAAGUUAUGUUUGCAUUGGUUGCCUACCGGCGAUCGAAAUCAAUGUGGAGGAACAAAUGAUCCUCAAGACAUUUGUGCUAAUAUCAACUCAAUGACUGAAUGGUACCACGACAGUACUGACCAACGAAGCGGAGGUUGUAAGAUGCAAUGGGGAAUCUACUCAUUGGAGCCUAACCCACCAGAAUGGCUGCACGAAAUCAAGAUAUGCUAUCAGUGGGACCUAGACAAAAGUAUUAAUGACGAUAAGCAAUGCGGUAUUGGCAAAGGAUACAAUUACUGCGGAAAUAUCAACUCGUUGUCUAAUGAAUAUCUCGACGAUACGAGCCAAAAUAGGGGUGGUUGCAAAAUUCGGUGGAUGCUUGAAAUCCCUGGCUACGUCCCAUACUGGAUGAAAGUGUUACAGGUUUGUUUCAAGUGGGAAGCUGAAGGUGAGGCGGCACAAUGCGGAGGCGGCGCCCCACCAUACCAGUGUGUUCCGGCCACCAAUUGGACUGAGUAUUACGUCGAUUACACAGACGACAGAGCAGGCGGCUGCAAGCUGAGCUGGGGUUUAAAGACCUCCUAUUAG